GGCGCCAAUCUCAGAUUGUUUGUUGUUGUGUUGUUUCGGUCAGAGUUGUAGCUGUUGCUUUCACGACAAAAUGAAUAACAAAGACGCCCGCACAUCGCGAACACAGUACCAACAAAUGGUAGAUGAGUUGGAAAAGGUCCCUGACAUCGCCAGAGGGAUGUAUAAAGGUGACCAGACCGCUUUCUGGGAGGAAAUGGCUGAGCACCUUAACGCCCUGGGACCGCCGAUAAGAACGGGUGCAACGUGGAAGAGGGUUUGGUUUGAUUAUAAAUGUGCGGUGAAAAAAAAACUCCGUGUGAACAAAGCGUCUUUGUUGGCCACUGGUGGCGGCCCGUUUCAGCAAAGGCCAUUAAACGACGUGGAAGAAAGAGUGGCCAAUUUGACGAACUUGAAGGCCACCAUAGAAGGGAAUUCAGGCCGCUCUUGGGGCAAUUUAAACAACAACUAUGACAACAACAACAACAACAACAACAACAACAACAGCAACAACAACAACAGCAGCAACAACAGCAGCCAAUUGUUGCCAAUCGGCAACAACGAGGAGCCAAACAGCGGCAGCGGGGCGCCAAACAACGGCAGCGAGACACCGAACAAUGAGGAGCAAAAUCCUAUAACGGCAAAAGCUCGUCAAAAAAGGAGUCGUAAGCGACAAAACACGGAAGCGGUGUUGCGGCAAAACCAACAGCUUCUUAAUCUAAUGAAAGAAAACAUUGAAGCUCAAAAAGAGUCCACAGCCGCAUUGAAUAGGGCAAUUGUGGUAUUAGAAAAUAUCACAGGUAUGUUAAAAGAGGCUGUAGAACGCAAAACCAAUUAGUGAUUCUUAUUUUUCAUAAUUUUUAAGAUUUUAGUUGUAAGUUAGCGUUUAAUGUUUUCAUUAAUUGAAUUUCUAUUAACUGAACUGUGAUAAAUGAACUCUUUUUGUGAUGCAAACUUAU